GCAAGUACCUGUAACCUACUCGGUCUCGUUCCUUCCAGUUAGCCAACCCGCAACUGCCAACGGCAACUGCACCAUUACGAAGGGAAAGUGCGGGCGGCGGGCAGACAAUAAGAUCUUCCUUCCACCCCUCACCACUUCGUAGACCUUUUUUUCCCUUUUCCCUUCUUCCUCUCAUCCACAAUCCGUUGCUAGAUCUCUGAUAUCUCGCGACCCAAUCUUCUUCCAACUAUCUUACAGGAAAAUCGGCCUGCCAAUCCGAUUCAGUAUAUAUUAUCUCCAUCUUCUCUAGGGCAAAGCCUCCGAUACCCUCAGAUCUCUCCACUUGCGUACCCUACAAACUUAGUCAUCAACAUUUUCUCAACAUUGAAGAGGCAUCCUGUGAAAACUUGAAUCUCUUGAAAUUUUCAUCCUAUCCUUCGGGAUACACCAAAAGCCAAAGGUAGAAACAAAAAGGGUUUGUACGGCAUUGGGACUCUGAUUUCGAAUCCCGCACCCGCCGGAUUAAUUGAAACUACAAAAAUCUCAACUUGGCACGUGCUGCACGGUGGUCUGGACCAACCGUGCAAACUACUCUAUACUCUGCACUCCACACCACCACUCACCAUCCAUCAGCCAUGCAUCCAACAAGCUCAUCUCCAAAACCCAAGGAGUUCGACAGCAUCGCAUCGACCAUUGAAGCUUUCAAGCGUGGGGAAUUUAUCGUCGUGUUGGACGACCAGGACCGUGAGAAUGAAGGCGAUUUGAUUAUUGCUGCCGAGGACAUGACGACGGAGAAGAUGGCCUUUAUGGUCCGUUGGACGUCAGGACUCAUUUGCGCACCAUUGACAUCUCGAUUGGCCCGCGAUCUGGAAUUGCCACAGAUGGUCACCGACAACGAAGACCCCAACCGUACCGCCUAUACCAUCUCAGUCGACGCCAGCCACGAGAGCGUCUCGACCGGCAUUUCGGCCCAUGACCGAGCCUUGACCUGUCGCACUCUCGCCAACACCAAGGCCAAGCCCAGCGACCUCCGCCGUCCUGGCCAUGUUUUCCCGCUACGCGCCCGCGACGGCGGUGUCCUCGAACGCACUGGACAUACAGAGGCAGCGGUCGAAUUCUGUCGCUUGGCCGGCAAGGCCCCAGUCGGAGUCAUCUGCGAGAUGAUCGAGGAUGGAGUCGCCAUUGACGGCCAAGCUGCCAUGUCCGAGCCUGGCAUGAUGCGUCGUGAUGCCUGUCUUGCAUUUGGCAAGAAAUGGGGGCUCAAGACCUGCACAAUCGAAGAUCUCGUUGAUUAUGUCCGAAAUGUAGAAGGGAAGAAGGCUGUUUCCAAUGGCGUGCCCAGCGUCAACGUCCAUGCAGAUGGAGCGGCCGCAGACCCGGCUGUGAAUGGAGCUCACUGAUGAGACCAUGGGCACGAUCAUAAGCGCCAUUCUCCUUCUCCCUAGUAGAGCAGAUCGCCGAGUACCGAGAUCCCGACCGAGAUAUUUUGUCAUGACCGAAAUGAUCAUAUUGUUUUAUGUUGGAAAAUCAAUAAAUCAUUAUGCUUA